AUUAGCCGUCGCUCCGCUUCGCCAUCUCGGGCUUUGUCUGGCGACUCCGCUGCCCCAGCGUCGGCUGCAGCGGAGCUGCGGCUCGGCUCUUCGGCCCGCCGUGCUCCCAGCCUCCGCUCCCAUACCCACGCUCGGGUGAGGUGGCUUUGACCCCGGGUUGCCCGGCCAGCGCGACCGAGGAAGUGGCUGAACAGCUGGAGGAUGAACGGAGAAGCCGACUGUCCCACAGACCUGGAAAUGGCCGCCCCCAAAGGCCAAGACCGCUGGUCCCAGGAAGAUAUGCUAACUCUGCUGGAAUGCAUGAAGAACAACCUUCCAUCCAAUGACAGUUCCAAGUUCAAAACCACAGAGUCACAUAUGGACUGGGAAAAAGUUGCAUUUAAGGAUUUUUCAGGAGAUAUGUGCAAGCUCAAAUGGGUGGAAAUUUCCAAUGAGGUUAGGAAGUUCCGUACUUUGACAGAAUUGAUCCUCGAUGCUCAGGAACACGUUAAAAAUCCUUACAAAGGCAAAAAACUCAAGAAGCAUCCAGAUUUCCCAAAGAAGCCCCUGACACCUUAUUUCCGCUUCUUCAUGGAAAAGCGGGCAAAGUACGCAAAACUCCACCCUGAGAUGAGCAACCUGGAUCUGACCAAGAUUCUGUCCAAGAAAUACAAGGAGCUUCCGGAGAAGAAGAAGAUGAAAUAUAUUCAGGACUUCCAGAGGGAGAAACAGGAGUUCGAGCGAAACCUGGCCCGAUUCAGGGAGGAUCAUCCCGACCUUAUCCAGAAUGCCAAGAAGUCGGACAUCCCUGAGAAGCCUAAAACCCCCCAGCAGCUGUGGUACACCCACGAGAAGAAAGUGUAUCUCAAAGUGCGGCCCGAUGCCACUACGAAGGAGGUGAAGGACUCCCUGGGGAAGCAGUGGUCUCAGCUCUCGGACAAAAAGAGGCUGAAAUGGAUUCAUAAGGCCCUGGAGCAGCGGAAGGAGUACGAGGAGAUUAUGCGUGACUACAUCCAGAAGCAUCCUGAGCUGAACAUCAGCGAGGAGGGCAUCACAAAGUCCACCCUUACCAAGGCCGAACGCCAACUCAAGGACAAGUUUGAUGGGCGACCCACCAAGCCACCUCCGAACAGCUACUCGCUGUACUGCGCGGAGCUCAUGGCCAACAUGAAAGAUGUGCCCAGCACAGAGCGCAUGGUGCUAUGCAGCCAACAGUGGAAGCUGCUCUCCCAAAAGGAGAAGGAUGCCUAUCAUAAGAAGUGUGACCAGAAAAAGAAAGAUUAUGAAGUAGAACUGCUCCGUUUCCUCGAGAGCCUUCCAGAAGAGGAGCAACAGCGGGUCCUGGGGGAGGAGAAGAUGUUGAACAUCAACAAGAAGCAGACCACCAGCCCAGCAUCCAAGAAACCUCCGCAAGAAGGCGGCAAGGGCGGCUCCGAGAAGCCCAAGCGGCCCGUGUCGGCCAUGUUCAUCUUCUCGGAGGAGAAGCGGAGGCAGCUGCAAGAGGAGCGGCCUGAACUCUCGGAGAGCGAACUGACCCGCCUGCUGGCCCGCAUGUGGAACGACCUGUCCGAGAAGAAGAAGGCCAAGUACAAGGCCCGCGAGGCUGCGCUGAAGGCUCAGUCCGAGAGGAAGCCUGGUGCGGAGCGGGAGGAUCGCGGCAAGCUGCCCGAGUCCCCCAAGAGAGCCGAGGAGAUCUGGCAGCAGAGCGUCAUCGGCGACUAUCUGGCUCGCUUCAAGAAUGACCGGGUGAAGGCUUUGAAAGCCAUGGAGAUGACCUGGAACAACAUGGAGAAGAAAGAGAAGCUGAUGUGGAUUAAAAAGGCAGCAGAAGACCAAAAGCGAUACGAGAGGGAGCUGAGUGAAAUGCGGGCACCCCCAGCUGCUACGAACUCCUCCAAGAAGAUGAAGUUCCAAGGGGAGCCCAAGAAGCCUCCCAUGAACGGUUACCAGAAGUUCUCCCAGGAGCUCUUGUCUAACGGGGAGUUGAACCACCUGCCGCUGAAGGAGCGCAUGGUGGAGAUAGGCAGCCGCUGGCAGCGCAUCUCCCAGAGCCAGAAGGAGCACUAUAAAAAGCUGGCUGAGGAGCAGCAAAAGCAGUACAAGGUGCACUUGGACCUCUGGGUCAAGAGCCUGUCUCCCCAGGACCGCGCAGCAUAUAAAGAAUAUAUCUCCAACAAACGUAAGAGUAUGACCAAGCUGCGAGGCCCAAAUCCCAAGUCCAGCCGGACCACUCUGCAGUCCAAGUCGGAGUCUGAGGACGAUGAUGAAGAUGAUGAGGACGAUGAGGAUGAUGAUGAAGAGGAGGAAGAUGAUGAGAAUGGGGACUCCUCUGAGGAUGGUGGGGACUCUUCUGAGUCCAGCAGUGAAGAUGAGAGCGAGGAUGGGGACGAGAACGAUGAGGAUGAUGAGGAUGAAGAUGACGACGAGGAUGAGGAUGAGGAUGAAGACAACGAGUCUGAGGGCAGCAGCUCCAGCUCCUCGUCUUCAGGGGACUCCUCGGACUCUGACUCUAACUGAGGCUCCGCUCCUCGGCAGCCAGGGAGAGCCAUGGAGCCCCCUCCCCAACUGAUCACCUUUGUCUCCCCCAUGUUCUGUCCCCUGCCUCCUGGCCUCCCCCACUUUCUUUCUUUCCCUCAAAUUUUUUUUUUUUUUUAAACAAAAUCCAGUGGGGGUAGGUGGGCUGCAGGAGCCCAGGCUAGGACUCUGCAGCCUCGGAUCCAUCAGCCCUGGGGGUUCUCCAGGGACAGCAACCAUCAGACUGAGCCAGCACUGGACCGGACCGGCCCGUCCCAUCCCUCUUCUGCACUUGCAGUUCUGGCAUGGACAAUGAACCUGGGAGUGGGGAUUGGGGGGGUGCCCAAAGAGUUUGGUGAGGCCCUCCACACCUGUAUCCCACACAAAGGUGGGAGUGGAAGCUUGAGGAGCCCUUCCUUCUCAGAGGGGCUGCUGCCUGGACCCCUACUUUGGAACUAGAGGGAGAGGAGGGGGCUGCCUUUGAGAAAAUGGGCACCGCCCAUGGCCCCAUUCCCCCGCCCUUGCAGAAAGGAGCUGCCUGGACCCACUCAAGGGGGAGGGGCAGAGUGUUUUUUAUAUAUGUGUAUAUAUUUUUUUUUUAAGCUCUGAGCUGUCAACGAGACGUUUCCUACCGAUCUCGGCUGUCGUCUCUGUUGUCAUUUCUGGGAGGGGGGGGUUGGUGGGAGGAUUGGGACUUUUUAAAAAAUGGUCUUGAUGCGUGUGGAAAGCAUGUGUGUGUGUGUGUGUGCGUGUGCGUGCGUGCGUGUGUCUUGUACAUAGCAAGGGUGCACCUGUGGAUGUGUGAGUUCCUGUGUGCAAGUAGAGAAAGAAGGGGGUGUGCCCUGGAGCCUGCCUCGAUGUUGUGAGUCUGGAAAAGGGUUUAUGAGCGCCAGGAAGACAGUGACUCUAGCAGGAACGGGCCGAGCCUGCCCCUCCCUGUAAUUCCUCCACGUGCCUGCUCUCUGGUCCCAUUGCGGAGGACACUGAAGCCACCCGAUUCUUCCUAUAUCAACUUGCCAAGUGCAUGUGAGCUGCAGUGUGCUUCUGCUGUCCAGCAGGAAUUAGGAAAGGGGCAGACAAUGGCAUAGGCCUGGAAACUUUGGAAAAGGCCUCUGGUUCAUUUGGGGGGGGCAGUGGGACCUGGGCUUCAGGAAGUGUCUUGGGACCUAUUAUGUAUCUGUCCCUCCUGCCUGUCCCCUGGCAGCCCCCAUUUCCUUUGAUUUCUCAGGUCUGCUCCCCAACCCUAUAGCUGGGGAAGGGGCUGCAGAAGAUGCUUUCUGCAACCAGCCCUCUAUCCCCCACCAGCCAUCCAGGCCUUCUGUACCCCGUUCCUUGACUUAAUAAGCCAAGCCACCUUAUCCCUGUGGACUUAGUAUGCAUUUUUACUUUACUAAGUUGGUCAAAAUUUUUUUUGUUUGCACUCUUUGGUGAUUUAUGGAAGCUUUGGGCUUUCCCAUCUUCAGGAUUGCCAGGAGUGGGGAAAUGGGCCCUCCACCAAGGUGUGGCGCUCCGGCCCAGUUUCCCAUCCCUUUCCAUGUUAGGGGAGAGACUGCUUUGCCCAGACUGUGGUGCUAGGGUGGGUAUGUUUAGGGGUGACACUCCAACCCUCCCCCUAUCCUGAUCCUGGAGCUAGGUCCAGGGGUUAUAAGGCUCCCUGAGAGGCCCUGCAAAGAAACUCGUUUCCUUAUUUCAAAACCUGAACUAUUACACUUGAGUAGAAUGUGUUUCCUUUUAAAAACUUGGAAUGGGAUGCUUUUCUUCUCCGUUUCAAAACUUGGAGAAUCCUUACAGUAUAGACAGGGGAGGGGAUGUAAGUGCUGUCAGAGGUCACCAGGAGCACAUUUUGGCACUGGGACAUGAUGGCUGGGGUGGGAGCCACGCCCCCUUCCACCUUUUCUAAUAUAUUUAAGUGUUUUGUAGGUUUCCACAACCACCACACUUGAGUUUGUACCGUGGGAGGUGGGAGGGGGAGUGGAUUAGAGAUGUCUACCUAAGCUUAAGGCCAACUGUGGAACUUUUCUCCCUUUUUUGUACAAUAAAGUAAAAAACAAAGGUU